AUGUUUGGCACUCGUCAUCGGGUUGGUGCUAAACAUGCUAAUAAAUCCCGUCCUAUCAUCAUUCGCUUUCAUUCGCGUCCUUUUCGUCCACUGAUUUUGACAUCGUUAACUAAAUUGAAAGGACAAAAACUAGGGAUAAUCGUGCUUGAAGAUUUAACAAAAAAAAUGUUAAACUUGUAUUGCAAAACAGGUGAUGGUCUUGAUGAUAUUGAAAAACAUAGAGUAGUCACACGACAAGGUCGAGUUUGUAUUAGAAAUGCUGAUAAAUCUUUAACGUUAGUUAAAGAUCAUGAGCCGUUCCCAACAUGUGAGUGA